CUCUUUUAUCUAAAGUCAGAGGAGUCUCAAGCCUCAAGGAGAAUAACGCCUGUCGCAAUUUCCCAGAAUCCAAAGCGGUCACACGUCGUCACAAUUUCUUUUUUUUUUUUUUUUUGUCCAACCAACAAAAAUAUUUGAAUCUACAAUCAGACAAAGAAAAGCAGCGACUGCUCAGAGAAGCCAGAGACUGUUUGGUGUUUUAAUUUGAGAAACAACUAAUUGAUUAUUAGAACAGCUGCUGAUUGAUGAAUCAGUUAACAGAUAAAUGGUUUCAGAUGAUCAGAGCAUAAUGAGCCUUUUUACUUUUGAUUCUUUCAUCAUAUAUUUUAUUUAUUUAUUUGUUAUGACUCAUAGACUAUUGUAAUAUUGUGGUAUUGAACCUUUGAGUGAGUCAAAGGUCUGAGUUCUUCUUCACGUGUCUCUACAUUUGGACACACUGUGUGUGAUCUUCACCCUGACCGUCCUGUGGGAGCGCGCGGAUGAACCGGCGCGAGGACACUUUGGAGGCUGCGCGUAAAGAAGCGCGUCCUCGUUUAUCCGGUAAGAUCCGCAUCACUUCUCCACGUCUGCCUCUGAGAGAAGAGUCUGUCUGCACCGACCCGGGAUGUAAGGAGCUCCGUGCGCGCGCCUGCUCCAGCUCACACCGGUUCAUCUUUUUUUUUUUUUUUUUAAUCAUCUACUUCUUGAGAAAACUUCAGCUUUGAUUUGAUCCCCCUCCUUCCUGCUUCAUGUAACUGGAUCUCCUGUGUGAGAGAGCUCGGUCUGUGGAUCCGAGCGCACACACCGUGUGUCGGACACUCCGCGCCUCGUCACCGGACACUUUGGGCGAAAUUCUGCGUCUUGGCGACAGAAAAAGAAACUUUUAAAGUUGUCGGCUGGAAUGACGCACCGACGCUUCAGUCUCAAUCACAUGGCUUCACCUUGACUGACCCCCCCCCACCCACCCCCCCACCCUCAUCCUGUUUCUCAAUGGUUUACCACCGAGACGCCCGUCUGCCGCCUCACGUUCUGUAAGAGACUGUUAAUAAAGUUCACCUCCAUCACCGCCAUGGCAGCCGCUCCAGAUGCUCCCUGCCUGUCGGAGCUCGGCGGACUCCCCUACAGGAACAUCAGCCUCAUCUCCGGCACCCGACCCUGCAACCGGAGCACCAUCAGGACCUCGCCGUACACCCCGCAAGCCACCGCAGCCUUCGCCAUUGCCAUCACCUUCAUGAUGAUCAUGACCAUCGUCGGGAACAUCCUGGUCAUCAUUGCUGUACUGACGUCCCGGUCCCUGAAGGGGGCUCAGAACCUUUUCCUGGUGUCGCUGGCCGCGGCGGAUAUUUUGGUCGCCACGCUUAUUAUUCCCUUCUCUUUGGCGAACGAGCUGCAGGGCUACUGGGCGUUCAGCUCGAUUUGGUGUGAGAUCUACCUGGCGCUGGAUGUUCUCUUCUGCACCUCCUCCAUCGUGCACCUGUGCGCAAUAGCUCUGGACCGCUACCUGUCGAUCUCCCGGCCCGUGUCCUACGGCGCCAAGCGCACCCCCUCGAGCAUCAAGGCUGCCAUUAUCGUCGUCUGGCUGAUCUCUGCCGUCAUCUCGUUCCCGCCUCUUCUCACCCUGGACAAGAGUGAAGGAGGCGAAGAGACUUGUGAACUGAACAACGAGCGCUGGUAUAUUCUCUACUCCACCAUCGGCUCGUUCUUUGCUCCCUGCGUGAUAAUGAUCCUGGUGUAUGUGAGGAUUUAUCAGAUCGCUAAGCAGCACACUCGCUGCCCGCCUGGGAAGAAGCAGAAAGCGGUGGCGGGAAGUAACGCCAAUGUGGCAGCUAGUGAGGCUGUGCCAAAGUUAUCCGAGCAGUCACAACAGAAUGGGGAUCAAGGAGGUUCGGCUGCCGUCGAGCAAGAAAAAGUCCUGACCACAGUGUCUGGCUCGGAUUCCACCUCGUCAUCACUUCGAAAACCGGCCCAGAGCACCACGAGCCAGGACACUCAGCACCACCCUCCUCGUUCAAGUGCCGCUCCGGCCCAGAAAUCCUCCUCUGCAAUUCCCCAAAGUGACAGCCAAAUCCUCUCAGCUGUUCCCAACAAAGAGUCUCAGAAACAUCCUGACGACGGCGGGGAGGGGCUUCCCGACAACCCCUCCAGCUCUGGCUCCGAGCUGGAGAUCGGCGAGGAAGGAGAUCUCAGAGGGGACGUCAAAGGAGAGAUGAAGAGAACCGACAAGACAACGUUGGGACUGCCCCAAGGCAAAGGAUUCAAAGUUCAGGUGCUGAAUCUGGCCUGCAGGUACAAAAACACCAUGGCCACGUCCUCUGGCACCAAACUGGUAUCCGAGGGAACGCCUCCGAUUCAGGGGACGCCCGUUUCCCGCCGUAAAGCCAUGGUGAACAGGGAGAAGAGGUUCACCUUCGUCUUGGCCGUGGUGAUGGGCGUGUUUGUGAUCUGCUGGUUCCCCUUCUUCUUCUCUUACUCCCUUCAGGCGGUGUGCCCGGAGACGUGCAGAAUCCCCGACCCUUUGUUC